GUCGUCAUCUGCAUUCAUAUGGGGGCGGCGCCGGCCUCCGCCUGAAGCCCCCGCCAGGGGAGACACAAAACCCACGCGAGGCGUGGGGUGCCGCGACCCCCGCCUCCCCGCCGCCGCCAUGAAUUCGGCAGAGCAGACCGUUACGUGGCUGAUCGCCCUAGGCGUCCUGGAAUCGCCCAAAAAGACCAUCUCCGACCCCGAGGGCUUCCUCCAGUCCUCCCUGAAGGACGGGGUGGUGCUUUGCCGCCUGCUCGACCGCCUGCUCCCGGGCACCAUAGAUAAAGUGUACCCGGAGCCGCGGACGGAAAGCGAGUGCCUGAGCAACAUCCGCGAGUUCCUGCGGGGCUGCGGUGCCUCCCUCCGCCUGGAGACGUUUGAUGCAAAUGACCUGUAUCAGGGACAGAAUUUCAGCAAAGUUCUCAGCUCUCUUGUGGCUUUAAAUAAGGUGACUGCAGACAUAGGGCUGGGCAGUGACUCUGUGUGUGCACGUCCUUCAUCUCAUCGGAUAAAGUCUUUUGAUUCUCUGGGAUCCCAGUCUUUACACAGUAGAACUUCAAAACUCUUUCAGGGACAGUAUCGGAGUUUGGACAUGACAGAUAACAGCAACCAUCAAUUGGUGGUGAGAGCAAAAUUUAAUUUCCAACAGACAAAUGAAGAUGAACUUUCUUUUUCAAAAGGAGACAUUAUUCACGUUACAAGAGUGGAAGAAGGUGGCUGGUGGGAAGGAACUCUAAAUGGCAAAACAGGGUGGUUUCCAAGUAACUAUGUACGAGAAAUAAAAUCAAAUGAAAAGCCGGUCUCCCCCAAAUCAGGUACAUUGAAGAGUCCACCUAAAGGCUUUGAUACAUCUGCAAUUAACAAAAGCUAUUACAAUGUGGUGCUACAAAAUAUCUUAGAAACAGAAAAUGAAUACGCGAAGGAGCUACAAACAAUGCUUUCAAACUACCUGAGACCAUUACAAGCCAGUGAAAAGUUAAACUCAGCAAAUACUUCUUACUUAAUGGGAAACUUGGAAGAAAUAAGUUCUUUCCAGCAAAUGCUUGUACAGUCUUUAGAAGAGUGCACCAAGUUGCCUGAAGCUCAACAGAGGGUUGGAGGAUGUUUUCUAAAUUUGAUGUCACAAAUGAAGAACUUAUACCUUGCAUACUGUGCCAACCAUCCAUCAGCAGUAAAUGUUCUUACAGAACACAGUGAGGAGCUAGGAGAAUUCAUGGAGAUGAAAGGUGCCAACAGCCCCGGGAUCCUUGUACUGACCACGGGCCUCAGCAAACCUUUUAUGCGUCUGGAUAAAUACCCCACAUUACUCAAAGAACUUGAAAGGCACAUGGAGGAUUAUCAUCCAGAUCGUCCAGAUAUUCAAAAAUCCAUGACUGCCUUCAAAAAUCUCUCUGCACAGUGUCAAGAAGUACGGAAACGGAAAGAGCUUGAACUACAAAUCCUGACAGAAGCUAUCCGUUGUUGGGAGGGAGAGGAUAUUAAAACACUUGGAAAUGUGAUUUACAUGUCCCAGGUCAUGAUUCAGUGUGCUGGAAGUGAGGAGAAGAAUGAAAGGUAUCUUCUUCUCUUCCCUAACAUUUUGCUGAUGUUAUCUGCCAGCCCAAGAAUGAGUGGGUUUAUCUAUCAGGGAAAACUGCCCACGACAGGAAUGACUAUCACAAAGAUGGAAGACAGUGAAAACCAUAAAAAUGCAUUUGAAAUAUCAGGAAAUAUGAUUGAAAGGAUACUAGUGUCUUGUAACAACCAACAAGAUUUGCAUGAGUGGGUGGAUCACCUGCAGAAGCAAACCAAAGUCACAACUGUUGGAAAUCCCACCAUUAAACCACACUCUGUGCCAUCUCACACGCUUCCUUCCCAUCCAGUAACACCCUCCAGCAAGCAUUCAGACAGCAAACCGAUACCAUUGACUCCUGCAUACCACACUCUCCCACAUCCAUCACAUCAUGGGACUCCACAUACCACUAUCAACUGGGGACCUCUUGAACCUCCAAAAACUCCCAAGCCUUGGAGUCUGAGCUGCUUACGGCCUGCACCUCCAUUACGGCCUUCAGCAGCUCUUUGUUAUAAAGAGGAUCUUAGUAAAAGCCCUAAAACGAUGAAAAAGCUGCUUCCCAAACGCAAGCCAGAACGGAAGCCAUCAGAUGAAGAGUUUGCACUGAGAAAAAGUACAGCUGCUUUAGAAGAAGAUGCUCAAAUUCUUAAAGUCAUUGAAGCAUAUUGCACAAGUGCCAAAACACGUCAAACACUAAAUUCAACAUGGCAAGGCACUGACCUGAUGCAUAAUCACGUCUUGGCUGAUGAUGACCAAUCAAGUCUAGACUCCUUGGGUCGUCGCAGUAGUCUUUCUCGUUUGGAGCCUUCAGACCUCUCAGAAGACUCUGACUAUGACAGUAUAUGGACAGCCCAUAGUUACAGAAUGGGGUCUACAUCUCGUUCCCGUAAGGAAUCGGCUCCUCAAGUCCUGCUUCCAGAAGAAGAAAAAAUUAUUGUAGAAGAAACCAAAAGCAAUGGGCAAACUGUUAUAGAAGAGAAGAGCCUUGUUGACACAGUAUAUGCAUUAAAGGAUGAAGUACAGGAGCUAAGACAGGAUAACAAAAAGAUGAAGAAAUCGUUGGAAGAGGAACAAAGAGCUCGCAAAGACUUGGAGAAGCUUGUUAGGAAAGUUCUGAAGAACAUGAAUGACCCAUCUUGGGAUGAAACCAAUUUGUAACUAAUUUUUUCCUUUUUAUUGUUUUUCCCUUUUUUUCUUUCUGUUGAAAGACCAGUUGUAAAACUGGGAAGCCUUCUGACAUUAGUCAGUGUUGCAUCAAGAGCACUACAAAACAGGAUUUAACUGGAUCUAGUGAUUUCUUGCUCUGAACAUACAGAACGGGUCAAGCCAUUUACUGAAGCAGUUUGUACUCUGUGUGGAGACCAUGGAUCCUGAACUCUUCUAAACUUAAUUUGUUUGCAUCUAAAUUACCUCAUUUUGCAGAAAGUGCAGCACCUGACUAAAAGUCUGUGUUUUUCAGUGGCUUUUUAAUUAAAUAUAUAUUUUUUUUCUUGUAAAUAUCUGUAAUUUUGAAUGUGUAUGUGAUUGUAUCAGGGCCGAUAAUGUUUUUUGGGGGGGAGUUGUCUCUUGUUGUUAUAAUGGUCACAAGUGUUAGAAAUGAUGGCAGUACUGUCUUGCCUAAGAAGGGUCAGAGUUCUUCAUGAAUAAAUACAGAUUUGUUGCAAAUUACCCACUCAUCACACAUACCAAUUGAAGCCCACAUUUUUCCUGUUGGCCACUGGAUGUAAAUCCUCACUCUAAUUUGUGUCUGUGCAUACAUUUUUAACCAGUUUACAGUUCUUGAAGAACAGUGUUAAAAUACAGGAAGUUGUUUAUUGACAGUAGAAACAUUGUUUUUUAACAAAACUAACGCCCCCAAAUUUACACUCAUGCACACUUGUUUGAGAAACUAAUCUAUUGUGCUUUGACCACCAAAAGACUGAUGUACUUGCCUGCUUUUCAUGACUGUGAUUUUUAGGAGUUUAUAUACUACAUUUUCUGUUGUUGUGCUUUGACAUACAGCUGGCUGAUAAUUUAACAGAUUACGUACAGUUCAUUAAAGCAAAAAAAAAGCUAAUCCAGAACUUUGUGAAUAGAUUGUUGCUAUUUAUAAUUUAUGGUCUCAACAAUUAAAUUGUAGCUAGCCUUUGUGUGUAAGACAGAUGGGCUAAGCUAAACGUCAUCCAGAAUUUUGUUCUUCAUACCACUAUGUAAGGCUCUGGAUUUCCCAGACUGUAGAAGCGGUCAUUCCUUUUGCACCUUGUUUUCUCAGCAUGAUGCGGGUUUCUGUCCUGCUCAGAUUUAAACAGAAACAAAUCUGAAAUAAGACUCUUUUUUUUUAAUCAUCUUGUAAUUCAUAAUUUGCACUGCUGACAGAUUUGGCAAUAUGUAAAUGCACAUUCAUUCCCUAGUCUGAUAGGCAUGAUUACUGCAGUCUUUGUCUUCUGUUUAAAAUAGGAGAUGCUACAGUGAGCUUCAAUUGGAGCACUUAAAACACUAAUCCCAUUAAAACUCAUCGUUUUUCACUGAUUUCAGCAAACUGAGUUAAACUCCAGAUGGUGCAAUUUUGAGGGGGUUUUUCUUCAUCUAAGUCACAAGUACAGGUAUAGCACAGACCUCUUGUCAUCCUUUAUUUUUCUAAUGACCUUAGCUCUUAUUAAAUGUAAUUCUCAGACUUGAGCAAAUGUUUCUGUGAACUUUAAUGAGUUGGAACCAGCAUGAUUAAAGUGAUAAGAAUUCUUAUACAUGUUUUGAAUCUAAUGGAACACAUUUUUAAACCUAUCCAUUUUUCUCUGCCAAGAACAGUUGUUUGUGGGUUUUUUUAAUGGUAAAGAAUGUCAGUGAUUACCUACUUGAGAAACAGUUGUAUGGGAAUGGGAACUAAAAAAUCUGGAUAGACAAUUAAUUGCCUGAUUUUUUAAAAAAACUCAACAUGUUUCAAGGAAUUUGUGUUGCUACAAUUUAAAAAUGUCUUCCUUUAAUUGUAAGGGAGGAGAGUGGAUAAGAAAACUGAAGCCAUUUACAGGGUCAGAAUGAUUUCUGUUCACAGAACCAUAAUGGUACAAUUCUCGGUUUCAGAUUCUUUUUGUGUUGGUUUUGGCUGCAAAAAAAUAUGGACUGACAUAUAUAUUUAUCAUCUUGUUUAGAAAAUACUCUUGGUGAGAGCUAAAUGACACUAAAUCCUGCAAAUGUAUAACACUUCAGCUGAAUUUAGGGUUUGGAAUGCUGAUCCAAUUAGAAUUUUGCUAGCAUUUUUACUUUCUGACAUUUUGGGCUAUUUUCAGAGAGAAUUUAAAUUUUCUAUUGAGUGUAUGUGAAAGGAACAUUCCAGAGGAAGAAGUAUAAGAACUAAAACAUUAAUCUUAGCAGUAUUUAGCAAAUUUUAACUCAGGAACAGUGUCCAUCAGAACAGUUUGUUUUACUUUGUAUUGUAAAGAGUGGCAUUGCUUUGUAAAUUUGCUGACUCUUUGUACCUGUAAUGAUAAUUUCUGACAGUACCCCUGUACCGACAUCUAGUGAACAUGCCUUAAACACUGGGAUUAAGCAGUUGUUACAUAUGACCAGGACUUAGGGACUGAUUUUAUUCGAGGUGAAUUGGGAUGCUUAAUUUUUACAAAAAAAGGAAAAAAGAAAGGAAAAAAAACACCCAAUACUGUAGGUUUGUUGGUUUUUCUAGUGCAGAGUGAGCUUCAGACAUUUGGGAACCAAGGAGUAUCGGAACUUUUGACAAUUUGUUGUACUGUAUAUAGAUUGUAAAUUUCACCAUGGACCUUCUGAAUUGUUGGAAACUUUAUAUAAAAGCAUGGAUAAAUGGGGCACUGUUUAUUUAACCUAUUAAAGGGUUAUUUCUUUGCUCUCAUCAUUUAGGGAUGAGGAGAUGAAGCCAUUUCUUAUCCUAUAGAUGUGAAGCACUUUCAGUUCUGAACUGUCCAAAAUGUAGCAUAACGUUUCUCUGUACUUACUGAUGUGUGUGCGUGUUUGUCUCACCAUGUCAUGACAUCUUAAAGACUGAAAACUGACCACCUUUGUACAAACCUUCUUAAUGCCAAUCAUGUAGGGAAUUUAGAGUGUCUGUUUACGGGAUCUGUGGAGAACUCCAGUGUAGUUUAGGCGUUGCAAUAUCUGGUAUCGACUACUAAAGUGUUAAUGCUACGUUGUUGUAAUUAAACCAUGAUUUUUUUUUUCCUUA